AUGGCUCUUUUUUCACGAUUCAAGGCCUAUGUCAAGGGCCCGGAGACAGUCCCUGGCGAAGCUAAACUGCUCCGGAAAAUCGAUGCAUUUAUCCUAUCCUUCUGUUGUCUUUGCUACUUUGCCAACUAUCUCGACCGCAGUAACCUCAACAAUGCAUACGUUUCAGGAAUGAAAGAAGAGCUUCAUUUCAAGGGGAAUCAGCUCAAUGUAAUUAAUACGGUGUUCACUGUUGGAUACAUCAUCGGGCAGAUUCCCUCCAAUCUAGCUCUCACAUACAUGCGCCCUCAUCUCUUCUUCCCGGCAAUGAUGCUCAUCUGGGGUGGUCUGACCAUGGUCACGGCCGCGGUGCAUAAUCCCCAGGGCAUCAUGGCGAUUCGGUUCUUUCUCGGGCUCGCCGAAUCAAGCACCUUUGUCGGCACACAUUAUAUUCUCGGCUCAUGGUAUACCGAAAAAGAGCUGGGCAAGCGGAGCGGCAUCUUCACGGCGUCGGGGUUGGCGGGGACCAUGUUCGGUGGAUUCAUUCAAACCGGUAUUCAGAGAUCUCUGAACGGGACUCACGGACUUGCCGGAUGGCGAUGGCUUUUCAUUAUUGACGGACUGAUCACGAUUCCGAUCGCCAUUUAUGGGUUCUUACUCUUCCCCGAUACCCCGACCACCACAAAGGCGCCCUAUUUGACCUCGGAAGAACGGACCAUGGCCAUUGAUCGCAUUCCCAAGUCGGGCGUGGCCAAAGUCCCGCUCAAUUUGACCUUCGUCAAACGUGUCUUCACCUCAUGGCACUGGUACGGCUUUGUGGUACUUUGGAUCAUCGCGGGAGAGACCGAAUCCUUUUCCAGUAAUGCUUUGUUGGCUCUUUAUAUGAAAUCCUCUCCCAGUCAUCACUAUACAAUCGCUCAAUUGAACAACUACCCCACCGGCGUGCCGGCCGUCGGGAUCGUCUCCACGCUGUUCUGGGCAACCCUGACCGAUUUCAUGGGUGGCAAACGGUACCUCGUCGGUUACUUCAUUGCGAUCACUGGAAUCGUGACAUCGGUUCUCAUCUUGACGUGCUUCGACAACACCGCGGUUGUGUUUGGCGCAUACUACUGGGCGGGCGCGGUCUAUGCCUGUCAAGCCACAUUUUUCGCCUGGUGCAACGAUGCGAUGAGAUAUCAGGAUGAUCGGUUCCGGUCCGUGGUCAUUGCCAGCAUGAACAUGGGAAGUAAUGCCGUGAAUGCCUGGUGGAUCCUUCUUUUCUACUCGGCCAAUUUUGCGCCUCGCUUCACCAAGGGUAUGUGGGCGAUGAUUGGUUGCUCCAUUGCCUUGGCCUUGUGGACGACGGGAAUCGUUUUGAUGACAACGCGCGAGGAGAGAACCCGCGAGAGUCAAGCCCUGCUUCAAGAACCUGACCGAGAUGACACCAAACAAAUCGAGGGUAUCACUCGAGAGGUCUGA